UCAAUGACAUCACGGUGUUGCUAUCAAACAACUGUGUGAAAGAUGUGCAGGUGAAAUAGUAUAAAUAGAAAGUUACCGGCAAUCAUGGCUUCAAUGAUCACAUCGAGUGCUGGAGAAAGGGUUGAUUUUGAUUUCUUCGAUACACCUAGAAACAAUAUUGAGUCUUUGGAAUCAUUAGACGAGAACAAUAGAAUUUACGAAGGGCCUCACUCUGAGAAAAGCAGUGAAAAACAUGGCGACGUGAGCUUUAGAGCGAAAGAAAAGAAAUACUCUGAUUCUGAAUCAAGUGACAGUGAGAUUGAUAGUGAUGUAGACUCGGAAUCUGAUAAAUCAUAUAGUUCAGAAGGAUCCACAGCACGAAUCCGAAGUAAGACCAAGCAAAAGAAAACUAGCAAAAAAGGGGGUUCUUACAGUUACUCUAGUGAUUCAAGUACAUAUUCCGACGACUCAUCAGGGGAUGAAAGUAGAAUCAUUGAGGAGGAAAGAAGAAAAGCUCAAAAGAAAGAGUCGCGAUAUAAUCGUCCGAAUGAUAAAACAAAAGAAGCCUGGGGACAAGGAAUUGAAAGAAUAGAUAUAACGAAGAAAACACCAUCCACAGAAGAUUUGUCCAAGAGAGAAAACAAAUCGUCAAACGGCAAAUCAGGAUCAGAUAGUGAAAUGACUGAUGUAUCUCCUUUGCCGUCCCCAAGGGAUUUAGACAAUGGUCAUGUGCAAUAUUCAGAUCAAGUCAAUGAUUAUUCUGGUGAGGUUCAACUCAAGAGCAAACAGUUGGACUUGAGCAUCUUAAUGGACGCUGUGUCUGAAAUUGAUAAACAGCAAAGACUUAAGAGCAAUAGGAGAGUGAUGUUUGAGCCUCCUAAAUCCCACUGUAAUGACAAGUCAAAUUUCACAUUUGAUACUCAUAGGGCAAAGCUCAUUGAAAAGGAAAACCAAAGACUUUUGAAAGAAAUUAUGAGGCAUAUAGGACCAAAUCAGCCAAAGAAGAAGAGGUCAAAACCUCAUGCAGUAAGCGCACAGCGUGUCACUCCUUCAGCAAUUAACAGACAGAGAGACCAAAGGAGAAUAGAAAGUGAAAACAUGCAAUUCUUGCAACGCUUGCAGCAUACCCGCCCUACCAGGGGAUUGUCAAGGACGGAACAGCUCAAAGAAUACAAGCACACACUCCUUCACGGAGUCCCUAUAGCAGCGAUGCACACAUCCCCUGUACCAAACAAGACCUUUGGGGAGGGGAACAUUACCCUAGGCUCUACCAUGGGGAGCACAGGUGGAAGGUCAAGGCCAAGCAGUGCUAAAUCUAAUGCCAGCACUAUCCGAUCUCGUCCAGGAAGUGCAAAAUCCAUAGCUAGUAGUGUUGUCAGUCGGCCUUGCAGUGCAAAGUCCACAUCCAGAUCUGUAGACAAUCGUCCAGCAUGGAAUGAUCGUUUUGCUUUUUCUUAAAAUGGAAAAUUUUAUUGUUGUGAUCACCAUGAUUGAUUUUAAGAUUUUAUGAACUGUGUCAUUAUUUCGAUUCAGGCUUCAGCAAAAAUAGGAGUAGCAUGCUCAAGAGUUGCUUUUGUUUGUACAGUGUACAUGUAUAAGGCUCAAUUAUUGCAAAAGAUAUGAAUAAGCUGUCCCAAUAUUUGUUUAGCUGUCUCAGCCCAGACUAGUAACCUGAAUGCAUUUAUACUUGUACAGAUCUUUAAUACAAAUUUUGUUUUCUCAUGAUUGUUAUCAUAGGCAUUAGUGUUUUUUGUUGUUAAAACUAUGAAUGAAUUGUGUUUUGUGAGUUGAUUCUUUGCCACUUAAUCAUGAUUUGAUUUAAAUAAGUAACCUUGUGAACAGUAAGAUUUUGUGACAUGUUACAUGUAAUUUAUUGGUGCACGAGUUGCUAGGUUGGCUAUAACUCUAUUGAAGAAUUUAGUAGAUAAAUCAUUAUACAUUGUCAAAGAUAAUAUUGUACAUCCAUUAUCAAUGUAAUACUAGUAUUGAAUCAUGAAUCAAUUUAUAAAUUUCAUCUUGUUUAGUUGAUACGAGUCCAUAAAGUUCCAGUAUAGAAAAAGAUAUUUCAGGUGGAUAAUUUGUUUAGUAAUGUUUCUUUGAAAUCUAUUUCCUCGAAAAAGAGUAGAGUGUUGUAUGCAUAUGCUAAGUAAAUAAAUGCAACACAUUGUAAUGUAUUAUGUAUAUAACUGUAUGCACUUUUUAAAGCUCAACCUUUUUUUCAUUGGUGGUUGUGUAAUCAUUGAGAAAUACAUGUAGUAAACCAGGGUAAGGGCCACAACUCUGUAUAUAUUUGUGAAUGUAAACGGGGCUUUUUUUAUAUUAAAGGAAGGUAUUUCCUGGAGAAAAUUUUCAUUGUAAAGUCUUAGCAACAACUUCGUUUUCAAAUAAAGAAAAUGUUAGUUA